ACCUCCCUGCUGCUCUUCCUCCUGACCCUGCGCCUGCUGCCGCUGCUGCCGCUGCUGCCGCCGCUGCUGCUGCUGGUGGUGUUGGUGUUGGUGGGUGGUGCAGGCGCGGCGUGCCCGGCCCAGUGCAGCUGCGUCUACACGGGUCGCGGGGGCGACAGGGGGACCCGCUCUGUGCUGUGCACGGACCCGGACAUGUCCACCCUGCCUUGGGACGUGCCGGGCGACUCUGUCCGCCUGCUGGUGUCCCGCACGCUUGUCCGCCGGGUGCCGUCCGAGUCGUUCUACUACCUGCCGGAGCUGCGCUCCCUCACGCUGUCCUGCAACCGGCUGUCGAGCAUCUCGCACGGCGCCUUCUUCAACCUCAAGCUGCUCCGGGAGCUUCGCCUGCCCGGGAAUGUCCUCACGUCUUUCCCGUGGGAGAGUCUUCAGGAGACUCCGUCUCUGCGUCUUCUCGACCUCAACGGGAACCGAAUCAGCUCCCUGCCCGCCGAGUCUGCACGGUUCGUGUCUGACCUCUCGACUUUCGACCUGUCUGGUAACCGCCUCGUGACGCUGCCCUCUGACCUGCUCGAGCUGUGGACGUCGUCAGUGCCAACACAGGCACAGGGCGAGGGGCUGGAGGGAGACGGGGACUCGGAGCCGGGACCAGCGACCCCCAUUUCUCGGACACCAAUGCGGCUCAUCCUAGCCCUGCAGGAGAACCCGUGGCUGUGCGACUGUUCCCUCUCCCGCCUCUUCCUGCUGGCUCGGAGCGCCAUUGGCGCCACCGGAGGUCAGGGUCAAGGUCAGGGCCACGCGUGCCCGGCUGCCCCCAGGGUCAUCCUCGUGGACCCCGACACGGCCUGCGGGGGUCCCGGGGACCUCGCGGGGGUCCCCAUGAGGCUGGCCGGCAUCGCGACUCCGUCUCCCCCCGGUGGGUGCCGUCCCCCACGCGUGCAGGUCUCCGCCUCCAGCCUGACGUCAGCGCUGGGCUCCAGCCUCCUGCUGCGCUGUGACGCGGGCGGAACGCCCACGCCCACGCUGGAGUGGGGGCGGGGCGAUGGGCGGGCACUGAACGCCACCGUGAUCCAGGAGUCUCCGGAUAGCGGCUCCCGCUGGUCCGUGCUCUCUCUGCCCGUGGUCUCCUACGGCGACGCGGGGGUCUACCGGUGCCGUGCGCGCAAUAUGGCCGGGACGGCGGACGCCACGGUCUCGCUCCGCGUCGUCGGAGUCCUCACCACCACCGCCUCACCUCCUCCACCUCCUCCACCUCCUCCUCGCAGCUACGACACGGGGACCGUGGGGGUGUCGGGGCGAGCUGGGUCCAGAGAGGGCGCUCGUGGCGAUGCCUCUCGGGCUGAGGGAUUCCCCGGGCGGUCCAGCCGGCCGCCACUGCUGCGGCUGCUCAGGGCGCCCGAGGGGAUGGACCCCGGGGAGGCGGCCAGGGGGGACACCUUCAGCGUGCUCCUGGACUGGGCGAGCGACGGGGACGAGCGAGGAGUGGGGAGACGGAGAGAGGAGGCAAGUGGCUCCCUCCACGCUCGCUCCACUCCACGCUCCCUCCACUCUCUCUCUCUCUCCUCUCAUGUCACCGCGCUUUCCUUCACACUCUUUAAUCUCCAUCUGAAUCUGCUCCUCUCUCUCUCUCUCUCUCGCUCUCCUCUCCUAACUUCUCAUCUCCCUCUACUCUCUUAACACUCUCCACAUGCUUCAGGGCCUCCUCUGCUCUACCACCAUCACCACCAUUACCAUCACCACCAUUAUCAUCGCCACCAUUAUCAUCAC